GGUAGGUCGGCAGCGGUCGGCCGAUAGCGCACAGUGCCUCCGCGUCGGGAGCUAUAUGUACCCUCACACGGAGGCGGGCGCUGUGUGACCGUGCUCGUGCCGAGCCGCGCGGCGGACCGGGCGCGCGGUGACGGUGACCUUGAGAGGUCGCUCGGGACCGGGGCGCCUCCACGCGCGAUCCCUUCAUUCCCGCUCUUUCUGCCGGUCGGCGGCGGUAGUCCUUCGCCGCCGUCAGGUAGGCGGACAGACAGUCCGUGCCGGUUCCGCGCCACCGCCAGUUCGGCUGGGCCGCCGUGUGCCGAACGAGUGGACCGGCAGGGUUCGCGACCGGCCAUCCGGCGGCUGUGACCAGUGCUACCCUGUCACCGUGGUGUGAACAAGUGCGGGUGUGAGGAGUGGGCUGUGCCGGGCGGGGACUCAGCGUAGCAGCCAUUACGGCGGCCUGGGAGACGGCGCCCGUCCGGAAUGGGGAGCAGUGCGGCGGACCGGGAGGCAGAUGGAGCGCUGCAGACGGACCCCGCACCUCCCACGGAUGGAGGCCGGGAUAGCACGGCGACAGGAGGAGGUUUCAAGAGACCUUCCUUGGGAACAAAACAGAAAACUACCGAUGGAGACGAAUCUGCGGUGGUGCUCGGUUUCCGGCGCAGCGCGCCGCUCACGGCGCUACUCUGGCUGGCCGUGCUGCUCACCGCCGGCCUGCUGCGACUGCUGCUGCACUGGCGGCCCGACUGGAUGCUGCGCUGCACACACCGGCGCUGCCACCUGCGACACGCCACCAGCGUCCUCGUCAUCGAGCGUUACAAGAAGUACACGUCGCGCUUCAUUCACGUGGUUCGGACCAAGAGGUCAUCGCCGGCCGACGUGGUGGAUGAAGAGGCAAUCGACCUAGAGAAGCCGCGUCUCUUCGUGCCCGAUAUGGCCACGCGGGAGUUCAGAGCUGUGACGGAGAUCCGCUUCUUCCGGCACAAGAAGCUGUGUCAUCUAUGGAACAACGAGACGGAGCGGUUCGAGCGACUGGAGCCUGUGUUCACCGGCCAGCUGAUGAAGGAGCUGCACAACAUGAAGCCGCUCUCGGUGGCAGAGCAGGACGGCAGGCGGGCCGUGUUCGGCGACAACAACAUCAACCUGCAGCUGACGCCGCUGCUGAAGAUCAUCUUCCUGGAGGUGCUGUCGCCGUUCUACGUGUUCCAGGUGUUCGCCUGCCUGCUCUGGUUCCUGGACGAGUACGAGUAUUAUGCCACGGCUAUCGUGGUGGCUUCCACGGCCUCCGUGACGGCCGCCGUCUACCAACAGAGAAAGAACGAGAAGAACCUGCGGCGCACCAUCCACGUGACGGAUGUGGUCGAGGUUGUGCGGGACGACGACAGCACUCAGGUAGUCCCCGCCGACUGUCUGGUACCCGGCGAUAUUAUCGUGGUGCCCUCUCACAAGACGACGCUCUGCUGCGACGCCGUGCUUCUCACCGGAAACGUCAUCGUCAACGAGAGCAUGCUCACCGGUGAGAGCGUUCCGGUGACCAAGGUGCCACUGCCGGCCGACUCUGGUCUGGAGCGGUACAGUCCGCAGCUGCACGGCCGACACACCCUGUUCUCGGGCACCCAGCUGCUGCAGACGCGAUACUACAAACACGAGCGGGUGCUGGCGGUGGUCACCCAGACCGGCUUCAUGACGUCCAAAGGCCAGCUGGUGCGCUCGAUCCUGUACCCGCCGCCGGUGGACUUUGAGCUGCAGCAGGACAGCUACAAGUUCAUCGGCGUGCUGGCCUGCGUGGCCAUUGUGGGCGUCAUCUACUCCAGCUAUACCAAGGCGAUGCGAGACGUGCCUGCGAGCGACAUAGCGCUGGACGUUCUGGAUCUGGUGACGAUCGUGGUGCCGCCGGCGCUGCCUUACGCCAUGGCAGUCGGCAUCAUCGUGGGCGUGGAGCGUCUGUCGCGGCGAGGCAUCUUCUGCAUCUCCCCGCGCAGCGUCAACCUGGCCGGACUGAUCGACAUCGUCUGCUUUGACAAGACGGGCACUCUGACGGAGGACGGUCUGGACCUGAAGGGCGUGGUGCGCGUCUCCUCGACUGGUGACCCUCCCGGCGCCGCCUCGCCAGACUCCGGCCCGGGCGAGCGUCAGCUGGAGUCGGUCUCCAGUCUGCCGGUCGGCCUGUUCACUACCGGCAUGGCCGCCUGCCACGGACUGAUCCUCAUUAACGGGGAGCUCACCGGCGACCCGCUCGAUCUCAAGAUGUUCGAGUCGACCGGCUGGCAGCUGGAGGAGCCCGAGAUGGACGAGACGAGCCGGUUCGACGUGCUGGCGCCGACCGUGGUUCGGCCGCCCGCCGGCCUGGAGACGGAGACCGUGCCGGAGGGAGGCGGGAACGAGGGGGAUGUGGAGAUGGACCAGGAUGUUCCGUUCGAGGUGGGCAUCGUGCGCCAGUUCGUCUUCUCGUCGUCCCUGCAGCGGAUGUCUGUUCUGACCCGGCGACUGGGCGCCAAGCACAUGGAGCUCUUCUGCAAGGGCUCGCCAGAGAUGAUCAUGUCACUCUCCGACCCCGAGACCGUGCCGGCCAGCAUCCGGCCGGUCCUGGACUCGUACACGCAGCACGGGUUCCGUGUGCUGGCGCUCGGCCAACGGCCGCUGCCCAAGCUGUCGUACGCGCGCGCCCAGCGCAUCUCGCGCGAGGAGGUCGAGUGUCAGCUCACCUUCUUGGGCCUGCUCGUGUUCGAGAACCGGCUGAAGCCCCAGUCUCGGCCGGUGCUGCAGGAGCUCUACAACGCUGAUAUCCGCACGGUGAUGGUCACAGGCGACAACAUGUUGACGGCGCUGUCCGUGGCUCACGACUCGGGCCUGCUGCCGGCCGGGGUGCCCGUGGUCUCCAUCUCCGUGGCUCCGGCGGCGCUGCCCGGUGACGGUCCGCCCCCUCUCGUGUACCGGCUGCUGGAGCGCACGGCGCCCUGCCCGGCGCAGUCGGUGGCCGGCAGCGGGGACGGCGCGGCGCGGCUGGCGCUGGCCGCCGAGCCGGCCGAUUACCGGCUGGCCGUGACGGGCUCCGACUGGGAGGCCAUCUGCCGCUACCACCCGGCGCUGGUGCCGCGGCUGGCCGUCCGCGGAGCCGUGUUCGCCAGGAUGAGGCCCGAACAGAAACAGCAGCUCAUUGAGCGUGUCAAGGAGCUGGGAUAUCACGUCGGUAUGUGCGGUGACGGCGCCAACGAUUGCGGCGCGCUGAAGGCCGCCCACACGGGCGUCUCUCUGUCCGAGGCGGAGGCCAGUGUGGCCUCUCCCUUCACCUCCCGCACCCCGGACAUCGGCUGCGUGCCAAACAUCGUGCGCGAGGGCCGCGCCGCUCUGGUCACCUCGUUCGGCGUGUUCAAAUACAUGGCCGCCUACAGCCUCACCCAGUUCAUCUCGGUCAUCAUCCUCUAUGAGAAGGAGAACGCUCUGACCGACUUCCAGUUCCUCUACAUCGACAUGUUCCUCAUCAUGGUGUUCUCGGGCCUGUUCAGCUUGACGCGCGCCUACCCGGGCCCGCUGUCGAGACAGAGACCGUCGGCCAGUCUGGUCUCAGUCACUCCCAUCCUAUCACUGGUCUGUCAGAUCGCGCUGGUGGCCGGCGUCCAGAUAUGGGCCAACGCGGACGUCCAACGCCAGCCGUGGUACAUCCCCUACAAACCAGCGGGACCAGACGAAGACGACGACUUCGCCAGCCACGAGAACUUUGCCGUCUACUCGGUGAGCUCGUUCCAGUACAUCUGGCUGGUGCUGGUGUUCAGCCGCGCCGCGCCGUUCCGCCGGCCGCUCUACACCAACCUGUGGUUCUCGCUCUCCAUCCUCAUCAACCUGGUGUUCUGCGCGUGGUGCGUGGUGCACCCGGCCGACUGGAUGGCCUCGUGGCUGGAGCUGCUGCCGCCGCCGUCGCUCGACUGGCGUCUGAAGCUGGCCGGAGUGGCGGUGGCCCAGCUGGUGGUCGCCAUGAUCCUGGAGUACGGAGUGGUCGAGGCGCUGGUCACCCGCCGGCUGCUGCCCAGACUGGGUGCCCGGGCGUCGUCGCGGCCAGCGCACACGUUCGUCUCGGACCGUCUGGCGGCUGAGGCGGGCAGCUGGCCGCCGCUCUCCGCCGCCGCCGCCCCCGCCCCCGCCCAGCAGGAGCUGUCGGCCGAGGAGCUGAUGAAGCGGCUGCCGCCGGCCGCCCCCGCCCGCUGACACCACGCCUGCCGCCGCCGCGACGAACGGCCCGUCGCGGUCCGCCGGCGGACUCGGCGGUGGGCCAGCCGCCGCCCCAGCUGUCUGCGGCCAGCCCUGGCCCGCUGUCCGGCCCUCUGCGCGGCCACCUCGGUGUGUGGAGCGGACGCGGUGCGCCCUCCGUCACCCUGUCAGGAGAGCUGACCGGACCGGCAGGGCGGCGGGUCCCUCUCACAGGGCCGUCUGCGCAGCUGCUUGUGUGUCGUCUGGGACCGCGCAGCGGCUGUCCGUCGCGGGAUAGACCGCCCCCGGGCCGGGAAACCGGUGUUGAGGUUAGGAGAGGUUCGGCUUCAGCCUACGCCUGCCGCCGAUACUGUUAGUGCAAUCAUUUCGACGGGCUUACUGGACGACGCCGGCCAUUUAUUGCUGUGGUAUUUUGUUUUUGUUGUUUGUAGUGUAUAAUUUCGGACAAUCACUCAGUGUAUUGUUUUCUGAAAUCGGUUGCUGUAUUAAUCUGAUAUUGAUCAAUGAUCCGGAUAACCGGUGUGCUGUGUGUGACUAACGAGUCCCUUGCUGUUUAAUGGAGCCCGCCCUCUGUCUAAUGGAGGCUGCCCUCGGUGUAAUGGAGUCUGCCCUCUGUGUAAUGGAGGCCACGUAGUCCGCGAUGGAGGCGCCUUCUGGAUAAUGGAGGCUGCCCUCUGUGUAAUGGAGCCCACCCUCUGUCUAAUGGAGGCCGCGGGGCCUGUAAUGGGGGCUGCCUCGCCGCGUGUUGAGGCUUCAGCGCCGCUAGUGAUAUGUGGCAGCCCGCCGUAGUCGUGUAGUGCCCACUAUCCCUCUGUGUUGUGUUUGUAAAGACGCCACUCGGUCCGCCACCCGCGUGCAGCUGUGUACUCUGUGCACCGUUUUAUAUUCUGGCUUUAGGAGCGUGAAUACAAUGAUAGCAGUCACC